GGUUUAGUAAACAAAUCCGCACACACAAACCACCAAUCGUCAUCUUCUUUUAUUUGUGCGCGGUAAAUACGAUUCACAGAAAAAAUGACAACAAAACAAGCUGGAAAGAGCAAAAUCACGCUAAAAGGCUCCAGUGAAAUUGUUGCUGAAUUCUUUUUUUAUGGAAUCAACAGCAUUUUGUACCAGCGAGGUAUUUACCCAACAGAGUCAUUCAGCCGCUCCAGUAAAUACAAUCUAACCAUGUGGACUACAACUGAUGAAGACUUAAAGAACUACCUGAAUAAUAUUGUUACUCAAUUAAAAGAAUGGUUAACUCAGAAAACGGUUCAGAAGCUGGUAUUAGUUGUGACAAGUCUUAAGACUAAUGAAGUUCUGGAACGUUGGCAAUUUGAUGUUGAAUGUGACAAGACUAUGAACAGUGGCAGCAAGCCAAAAGAGAAAUCCCUGGAAGAGAUCAACCGAGGAAUAAGAGAUGUGAUUCGUCAGAUCACUGCAACUGUUACUUUUUUGCCGCUCCUGGAAGCUGGAUGUGUGUUUGAUCUUCUCAUUUACACUGACAUGGAUCAAGAAACACCCGAGACUUGGGAAGAGUCUGGUCCACGUAUGAUAGUCAAUUGCCAGGAAGUUAGACUGCGAUCAUUUACAACCUCUGUACACAAAGUUGAUGCAAUGGUUUGUUAUAAAAAUGAUGACUAAUAAAAACUCCCAAUUUUCAUGUGGUUUAGUCACCCUAAGGAAGAAACGCUACAACUCUCAAAAAUUUAUGUACUGUAGAUCACUCCUUUAUUGAAAGUUAUCAAAAACCUUUGUUAAAUAAGUAUUUUCUAGUACAGACUUAAAUACAAACAAAUUCACAGAAAUUGAAUGACAGUAGCUAUUGUUACAACAGUAAAAAAAAAACAAUUGCUAAAUUAGAUUGGAUGUUACUCCAAUCCAUACAUGCAAUAACAUCCACUCAGAAUUAGGGAUUGAAUUAAGGCUGGUGUAACACCACUGGUGUACCUAAUAUAAAAGGUCUUCCUUUAUUUAUAAAUUUGGUCAGUUGCUAAUGUCCACAUUUUUUUUUUUUUUAAAUAAAAUUAUGGUAAAAUAUAUAAAUAGAUUUAUAUAUCGGAGUAGAUUUUUAGCAGGUUGUUAUAAAUGUUUGUUAUCCUGUGUUCAGUAUUUAAGAUAGUUGAAUGAAAUAUAAAGACCAAAAUUUGAAAUGAAAGGAGAAUUGGAAGAAAAAUGAAAAUAAGGAUACAUAAAAUAUGACAUUGUUAGGGAAAACAUGCACAUUCAUUGAUGGUUAUUUCAAAUUAUAAUUUGCACUUAAAUUAUAACACCCCUAUUUAUGGUUGUCAAAUGAUUAUUGUAUAUAGCUGUACAUUAUUAAUUUACGUUUCACUGUAAUUAGAUUAGUGAAUUAGCUUACUGUAGUUUUUUUUUUUAUGUCAUACAGUAGUCUGUUUUGCAUUAACAUAGUAAUGAACUGAUAUUAAAGAUUAUCAUUAGCAUCAUUUUAAA